GGCAGUUGUUCAGAAGCCGCGUUUACCACCAGGAGAAGGACGUGACAGGUUUAGCUCCGCAUCUCACUCACACGAAAUGCAUGCGCAUCAGGUCUAUAGCUGUGUGUUAGCAGUCGUUUUGGUCGCCGGUACAUUUGCGGCACCAUUACAGGAGAAACAAGCUAAAGAAAAGAAAGAUGUGUCUGAAAAUACACCAUCAGCGGACAAGGCUGCAGAUCAAGAAGCUGAACUCGAAAAAUUAGUUGCCCUGGCUGGUGCAGAGAGUAAAUCCAAUAACGUUGCAGUGCACAAGAGUCAAGUAUCCCACGUUGAAAACCAUAAUGGAAAAGAAGUAAAAACCGAGAAAACAGAACAAAAAGUUACAGACACAAACACAGGAAAGGUUUUAGCUGACGUCACACAGGAAGUGUCUGAAUUAAACGACGAUGAAACUGGUGAGCCGCACCAGAUUGCCGAGACACACGUUGACAUUCCUGACAAAGGUGUUCACGAGACUUUCGUCAAGGAAGAGGUUGAAGAUGCUGAUGCAGAUGCUGAAGAGGAAAUCCUGCCAAGCCAAGACAGCAUCGAAUUCUCGCCUACGGCUGUUGCAGAAUACCUUCUGAAAUCAUGGGACUUCGACAACUUUUAUGCCGCUUUGAAAGACCUCGUUGGCUCUUCAAUAAUGAGCGAGGAGGAAGCUGAACGUUACGAGGAACAAGUAAUCUCUGAGUACCAGCGACUACUGGCCGCACAGAACGCAGAGGCCAUCAACUAUCCUAAUGAGGAACCUCUCCAGGGAUACUACCCAGCUUACGACGAAGCAGAGAAGCGUUCCAACAUGGCACCUCUUGCAGACCAGAUCCCAGAUGACCUCUACAGCCUUGACCGUGCUUACGAGAACUACAUCGGCAACGACCUUGACGCCGAGAGACAGGCAGUUGUUGAGGACGCACUUUCCGAGGGGGAUGAAUCUCUAAACGGUGUCAUUGAUGCUCUGCUCAAUGCUUGGUGGGAAAAAGAUUUCGAAGGAGGAAAUGCACGAGCACAGGCUCUUGUCAGCUACCUGUACGACGUGGUGUCACGUGACGGAAACCCAGAUGACAUUGGUCAGAUCAGAGACAUUUUAGCUGACAUGCUUGCCAACGCUCUACUGGAUGAUGUACAGAACCCCGAGGCACAAUACAACAUAGAGCAGGCAGUGGAGAACAGCAUGCCCUCCGCAGAAGUUGAGAGCGGUCAGGUGGAGGAGAAACAGGAGGAGGCAGAGGAAACACCUCAGGAAACACCUGAGGAAGCAGAACAGGAAUUGGAAGAAACAGCCCAGGCUAAAGACACAGCAAAAAGUGCAGAGACAGAAACAGCUGAAAAGACGAAAGCGGAUGGAGAAGUGAAAGAGGAGGAGAAGGAGAAGAAAGAAGAGAAGCAGUAAGGCGAGAAGAGCAUGAUAUGCAGAAAGCAGAUAAGCACAAGUGAUAAAUGGAUGCUAAACGAAGUCACGAGACAUGACCGCGGUCUCAACGGGUUCAAUACACUGUGGCGUAAUCACAAUGUUAAAGCUGAGAAACAGAGACUGAGAGAGUGAGAAAGAAAAAGACGUUAUUUUUAUCCAAGAUUUUAUUCAAUAUAUAAAUAUAUUGCUAUUCCGGGCAGAUCCUAUAUGUCCCAGGGUAUUGUGAAGAUCUUUGCCAUGUGUCUAUCAUCUGUAGCAGUGGUAUCGUGAUGUUUACGUCAAUCACCAUAUCUAACACACAUUGUCCCAGAUUAAUAGCGUCUGUACUCAACCAGAAUCAAUACCAUACCAUCUAACCUUCUACAAUAUUGUAGCGGUAUGGGGGUUUGCAUUAUUCAUCACAGUACUGAAGAAAAAAUGCAGAUCAGACCUCCUAGACCUUCAAUACAGAAGCUCUUGAAGUGAUCACACAAACGAAUGAAUAAUUUAUAGCCCAUCGUCAUAACAUCCCAGACCUUGUUUUUUACCACAGUAUGUGGUAUCAUACCACUAACAGUAAUAAGCUUAUGUUCACUCGUAAAUCAUUCUUAAUAGCCUGAAUGAAUCACAAUAACUGGCGAUGCUUAUUCCCACCCUCUUUAUCAUCACUGAAAACACUGACCUAAUUCUGGGAAAAACAUACCAUCUGUUUUGAAAUAGUACUUAGCGCUGUGGAACUCUUUAUCGUACUUUUGCACACCCUGUUUUUAGUUUCUAAUACUCAUCCAACUGUGGGCGCACCAACACGUGUCGGUGCCCACAAAAUGAUUCAGAAUAAAUGGCACAAAAUACUUACAAGAUAUAUUUCUGACGUUUUAAUGCGUGGUACAUCAACAUGUACGUUUGUUCAGAAGGUGCUUCACCAUGCUUUCUUCUCAGUCACUAUUAUAUUGUAUAUUUUUCAUUUGUCUACCCAUAUGCUGUGAUCAAUAACUAUGUAUAUAUUGAUGACGUCCUUGAGACUGUUGAACGUAACGAGAGUCUAUCACUGGAAGAAAUAGUUCUUUUUCGACACAAAAAUGUCCUGGAAACAGAUGAUAAUUAUGCCCAAACCUUGAAAGAUGCUAUUCCUGAGUGUGGACCUUAUGGAAAGCGUUGAGGAGAAGGGUUUUUUUUUAUUUUGAGACACUUUGGAUAUUUCGGAUAUUUUAGAAAGAUCGGUCUCUCAACUACUUGGGCGAUCUGUCUUCCCAUGUUCUUUCAAAUCUUGCAAAUAGUGCUCUUUCUUCCAGUGUAAAAUGAAUGCCGGUGCAGAGGAAUUUUGAUAUUUUAACAAUAAUUCCGCAUUAAACAUGACCUGAUAAAUAUUCAUGUGCUCAAAUCGAUUCGGCUCUCUGUGUUUCAGCAGUUAUUCAGAUAUUUGUUAUACUUUUAAACUGUAAAAUUAUUUGUAAAAAGUUCCAAACUGUAAAUUCCUGUUUCAGAUCGAAUUUACGCAUGUUUCUUUGUAUAUAGGUAAUACGGAAUAUACAAGACAUUGUAAAUGAUAUAACCAUAUGAUGGACUAAAGUAAAUUUCAUAAUAAAAUAUGAAAAAUACCUAAGAAUUUGACUUUUUCUUGAUUGAUUAUUUUCUGGGUUUUUUAGCAUUCAACAUGCAAAAUAUAUCACUUAAACCACUAUCAGUUUCUUUACGAAGUUAAUAGAGGAUCAAGGGAGGUGAAUAUGAUUGUGAUGGUUGAUAUGUCUGCUGUUUCUAUAUCCCACGCUCAUUUCAAUUUACGAAAAUGGUUUUACGAAAUUAGACCUACAAAUAGAAAAGUAUUAUGUAAUUGAUAAAUAUAAGUUCGUAAUUUGAAAUGAGCCUGUUCUUCCUCGUUCUAAGUCGCACAAUUUUUGUCUUUUGCAACAGAAGAUCUCGAACAUGUCUACAACUUGUUUACGGGUGUAUGCAUUUGUGUUCAAGUCUUUGUGUAAAACACUGGCCAUAUUCUGUCAGAUGUGUGUACCGCUCACUGAACUGCUUGUCUGCCCGGUCUAGCUCACAUAACAUAACUAUUUUCAUAUUCAUACUCAUUGUACGACUACUGGUACAGCUGACGAGCUAUGUACUAUGAACUUCAUGGAAAUCACAGUCAUUCUGCUAGUGAGUGUCAUACAUUAUAAUGACCGAAUUUGCAAUUUGCAUUUUUUCGAAUAAUUAAAUACAACUGCUUCCCUACAUUAUUUUGGUAAUGAAAUACAACAGUUAUUCUUCAGAAACUACCUUUAAAUAUCUUUGUUAAUCAAUGUAUCAUGUAAAUAACAUAUUUUGGGGUUACACUACAUCUCAGACACAUCUAUGUUUAAAAAAAACCAAAACGUUUAGAUUCAAGUGUGUCGUGUGCGGGUGACUUAAGCCGUGACUUAACAACAGAACAAAAGACAUUUAAUGCAUUUUUCUCGCAAUUUCACGACACUUCCUCUUGAAAUUCUCCAAAACCCUUUUUAACCCCCAUAUCUGGUCAUUUAAAAGACCUGUACAAUACCAUUUUCCAAAUGAACUCAUAGCUAGUUCGUCCGCUGAGGUGUUUCACACACAUACCCUUGGGAUCUCCUGCUUGAGCUACAGUACCAGACAAUGUGUGAUCUUAAUGGCUUUUAACACGGCGCAAUACUAUAGCUGUGUCCAAAUAAAUGUUUAAAGA